AUGGCGACCGGGGAGCUCCGCGGGCAUGCGGUGCGGAUGUCCAGCCAGGGGUCCCAGCCUGGCGCGGCUCUCGACAGCGUGGCAGGAGCUGCGGGGCUGCCCUCCGCACAGAGCGGCGGCGCGGCCCUCCGGCUCGGGGAACGGCCGCCCCCCGCCAUGGAGAAGCGGGGACCCUACUUGGUGACGCGCGCACCUUCCAUUCAGGCUAAGCUGAAAAAGCACCGGGACCAUGCCAAGGCCGUUCUACGGAGAAAGGGCAUGCUGGGUGCCUUGACGAACCGCCCCGAUUCUUCAGGGAAAAGGUCAGUGAAGUUUAACAAGGGCUAUACUGCUCUUAGCCAGAGUCCAGAUGAAAACCUGGUGUCCCUUGACUCUGACAGUGAUGGGGAGCUGGAAUCCAGAUACUCCUCCGGGUAUUCCUCUGCAGAGCAGGUGAACCAGGAUGUGAGCCGACAGCUGCUGCAGGACGGAUAUCACCUGGAUGAGAUUCCAGACGACGAAGACCUGGACCUCAUUCCUCCCAAGCCUGUCGCUUCUUCUACAUGUUCUUGCUGCUGGUGCUGUCUUGGGGAUUCUUCCUGUACCCUCCAGUAGCCAUAACCCUCCAGGAUGGGCCGAUGGCCCUGAUGGCCCUUCACAGCUCAGUGCACUGGGUACCGCUACCAGCCUAGAACCACUGGAGGCACUGACCUCUGGGCGUAGGCCAGUGGCCUACAGGUAGCCCUCACCUGGUGCUUCUCAUGUCAGAGGCCCCCGUCUGGGUCAUAGGUGAUACAUGGAAGUCUGCAGGUUCCACUGGGGCAGUUUCAGGAAGCCACUUUAGUAACGGCGGGAGGAGAGACUUUCUGUGGUUCUUAAGCUGCUGACAAGGAUUGCUAAGAAAACCAUACAGACAUUCUGACAUGUUUGUCAAGGUGUUCUGAGGAGGGAGAAGAAAGAACUCCUCCACUCAAGGCUGUGCUGGGGGGCGUGGUGGGAGACAGAGAACAGCACUUUAUGGCUUGCAGGGGGAAUCUGAAAGAGUACAACUGGGACCAAGUCAAGAAAGCACCAAGCGGGUUGUUCCUUAGGUUAUAUCUUGUCUGGUUAUGGCAAGGACUCUAGUUUAAUGAUGGACUUGAGACAUUCUGCUGGUCCUGCUGUCUGGAUGGGCUUAGUAACUCUGUCAGCUCUUCUCCCAUUAGACGAGAACUGCUCUGUCCUAUAUGUUUCUCUGUAGUUCGUUCCUUGGCCUUGGAGAAUUUU